AUGACUCAAUUUAUUGAUAGAAAUCAAUCAUAUAAAUUAAGAAACUCUACAUUAUUUCCACACGAUAUAACAAUUGAAGAUUGUCGUGAAGCCAUAAAAGAUGCAGCUGGAUUCAGAGAAACAACAAAAAAUGGAUUAAUUUGUUUUAAUUAUGAUUUUUGUUUUAAAGAUUCAUUCCCAAAUCCAGAUAUUGAACCAGAUGAUAAAAAAGCAUUCCUUUAUAAAGUAAGAAGAGAAUGUAGAGGUUUAAUUUUCAAUGAAGCAACAAGUGAAAUUGUUUGUAGAAAAUUACAUAAAUUCUUUAACAUAAAUGAACAACAAGAAACAAAAGAAGAAUUAAUUAAAUUAGAUGAGAAUUUCAUUGUAUUAGAAAAAUUAGAUGGUUCAUUAAUUGCACCAAUUUUAAUUAAUGGUAAAGCAGCAUGGGGAUCAAAGAGUGGUAUUACAGAUUUAACAAUUAAAGUUGAAAAACAUAUUCAAUUAAAAUUAAAAGAUAAUAAUAUUAGAUAUGAUGAUUUCGCAUUAGAAUGGAUGUUAAAAGGUUAUACACCAUUAUUUGAAUGGUGUUCAGAAUCAAAUCAAAUCGUAUUAUAUUAUGCAAUUGAUAAUUUAAAUUUAAUAGCCAUGAGAAAUAUGAAAACUGGUGAAUAUUUAACUCAUGAUGAGAUGGUAAAGAUUACAGCACCAUUCAAUGUACCAGUGGUAACAUGUGUUGAUUUAAAAUCACAUACACAUUUCUCAAAGCUUUAUAGUGAAUUAAAUGGUGCUGAUAAGAGCAUCACCACCACCUCUGAAGAAUUUAUAAAUACAGGCGCAUCAAAAUUAUUGAAAAUUGUAUUAGGCUUAGAGAAUUGUGAAGGUUAUAUAUUAAAAUUCGAUUCAGGUAAGACCUAUAAGAUGAAGAGUAAUUGGUAUUUCGAGUACCAUUCAAUUGCACCAAAUAUUAAAUAUGUUUUAGAAAAGGAUGUUUUCUAUUUAAUUUUAAAUGAUGGUUUAGGUGGUAUCGAUGAUAUUAUUGCAAAGAUCACUGCUUCAGGACCUGUACCACAAAGAUAUUACCAAAUUCAAGAGUUUGGUAAAGAAUUAUUACAAAAACUUGAAGAUUUAUCUAUUAGAGUCAUUCAAUUCAUUAAAGAAUCAAAAUCACAAGGAAAAUUAAGAAAACAUAUCUCCUCUGAUAAUUCGGUUUCAAAUGCUUUCAAAAACUUUGUUUUUAGAUUUUAUGAUUCAGUUGAAGCAAAUGAUAAAGUUACAAAACAUAUUGGUGAUGUUUCAAAACAUAUAAUGGAAAAAUUAAAACUUCUUUGCACUAAUUCUUCUAAAUUAGAAGAAUGUAGAAUUAUUCUUGGUGGUAUUAAAUUUACUGAAGAUAAGCCAAAAUUAUCUGAUUAA